ACUGAUCCUGCUUGCGCGUCUUCACUAAGAAUUUCCUUAGAACCCGCAUCGUCUGAAAGCACCGGGACCAUAACCACCACACUACAUUCUAUAUCGUACGAAAUGCCUGACAUGGUUACCCUUCCCUAUUCGUCUCCUGCAACACCCCAACAACGACAGUUCAAUCCAUAUAGCGAAAAUGGGGGGACGAUUUUGGCGAUAUCUGGUGCAGACUUCAGCGUCAUUGCAGGCGAUACGAGGCAGAGUGAAGGAUACUCAAUCCAAACGCGGUAUGCACCCAAAGUGUUCAGAUUAACAGAUAACGCUGUUUUAGCAGUCAAUGGGUUUGCUGCAGACGGAAACAUGUUCGUGAAGCAAGUCAGACAACGUUUGGAGUGGUAUCGACAUGCUCAUGCAAAGGAUAUGCCUCUGCGCGCCAUCGCACGUUUGAUUCAAACAAUGCUUUAUUCCCGCAGAUUUUUUCCGUACUAUGUGUACAACAUUUUGGGUGGAAUAGAGGAAGACGGAUCUGGAGCAGUGUACUCUUUUGAUCCCGUGGGCUCGUACGAGCGUGAAUCUUGUCGUGCGGCAGGCGCAGCCCAAUCGCUUGUUCAACCCUUCUUGGAUAACCAGAUCUACUUCAAGAAUCAAGUUCCUCAACCUGGUCACCCCCAUCCUCAGCAUCUCCCACUAACGACAGUCAUUCAACUAGUAAUUGACUCGUUCACGAGUGCAACAGAGAGACAUAUCGAGGUCGGCGAUGGCCUCGAAAUGUUUAUCGUUCUUGCAAAAGGCAGCCCACUCUAUGGUUUAGAGAAUAUCGAUGGCGUACAGGAGAUGACUGUUACAAACGAGGGAGAAAGAAUAUUUGUGGUAAGGAGGAAUUUGAAAAGGGAUUAGGCAUUUAGUGCGAUAUUACGGCGGUGGAAAACUGUCAAGAUAGGACGAGAUAAUGGGACACAUGACUAGAGAUGAGCAGGCUUUGUCAAAUAUGACAGCGAAGGCUACGCGUCGAAAAUGCAACGGAGACUUGAGACCGCAAGAUUUUUUGUUCUUGCCGCAACAUUAGUUUCUGUGAUUCGUCUGUCCUCCGACCUGCUCCUUUCUUGGUGAUGUCUUUUUUUCAUUCUUGCAAUUGUUUACACAUAGAUGAAUGUCGCAUCCUGUUGUCCACCUGUAACUUUCGCGUUGAUACAUUGGACUAGUCUUCGUAGCAUCACUGUUCAUCAGGACUUUUCUGUUCCAUUAUUCACUGCUACUCGAUUGUACUAUAUUUUCUGCUUGUAGCUACGUUGAAAGAAGAACUGUUCCAUUACUUGAAGCAAAGAGAAAUAUCAGAGUUAGUGAUCAAAAAAA